UUAUAACAAACAGAAGAUAAAAAAAUUAAAAAAUAGGAAGACGGAGAAGUACGUGUUCGUCUAUUUUCUUCCUCAAAUGAUUUAUUCUUUCUUCUAUUAUUUUUUAUUCCUCUCAUCUUCAUUUCAUUCCGAUUUAAUUCCAUACCUAACACUUGAGAUCACAAAAUCAACGGUUGCGACCACUUCGAGCUUCACGGUGACCGGAAACGAACGAUCUGAUUGGAUUCGGAGCUUCCAAUUGACGACAAGUGAGGUCAACCAGGUCCGAAUUAGAAUGGGACAGAAGAAAUGGUUGAUAUUGCUGAUGUUUUCGUGUCUAUGUAGCUUCUCGUGUGGCAGAGAACUUAAGGUUAAGCACAAGGAUAAUCUACCUAUUUACAAUCAUACUCUGACCACAAUUUUAGUGGAGUAUGCUUCUGCAGUUUACAUGUCAGAUUUGACACAACUGUUUACUUGGACGUGCCCAAGAUGUGAUGGUCUGACCAAGGGAUUUGAAAUAAUAGAAAUAAUUGUUGAUGUCCAGCACUGCUUGCAGGGUUUUGUUGGGGUGGCAAAGGAUCCUGAUGCAAUUGUCAUUGCUUUUAGAGGAACUCAAGAACAUAGCAUACAAAAUUGGGUUGAAGACUUAUUCUGGAAACAGCUCGAUUUGAAUUACCCUGGCAUGACUGAUGCAAUGGUGCACCAUGGAUUUUAUAGUGCUUACCACAACACAACCAUUCGACCUGGGGUUCUAAGUGCUGUUAAAAGAGCAAAGGAGAUUUACGGAGAAUUUAAAGUCAUAGUGACAGGGCAUUCAAUGGGAGGGGCUAUGGCUGCCUUUUGUGGACUUGAUCUUGCAGUAAAUCAUGAAGUCCAGGAUGUUCAGGUUAUGACAUUUGGACAGCCUCGUAUUGGCAAUGCAGCUUUUGCAUCUUGCUAUAGCAAACUUGUCCCAAAUACAAUUCGUGUCACAAAUGAACAUGAUAUGGUUCCUCAUCUGCCUCCAUACUAUUCUUAUUUCCCGCAAAAGACAUAUCACCAUUUCCCUAGAGAGGUAUGGCUAUAUAACAUUGGAGUGGGAAGCUUGGUUUAUAAAGUUGAGAAGAUUUGCGAUGGUUCAGGUGAAGACCCAUCCUGCAGCAGGUCAGUGACUGGAAAUAGCAUUUCGGAUCAUUUGGUUUAUUUUGGUGUCGAGUUAGGGUGUGACACAUGGAGAUCAUGCGGAAUUGUGAUGGAUACAAACAUAAUAGACUACAAGACAACUGAUUUCAAAGGAAAUUUUAUCUUGUCUAGAAAUCCUGCCACUCCUACUUUGAAAUUGAAAACAGAGUCAGAUAUUGGGAGCAAAAAUAUCUAGAUUCUUGUUUGCGGUAGUGCAUGAUUUCACUUGUGUAGUAGCUGAGAAGUCAGCCAUGACAGUUCAGUUAAACAAGAUUCUGUCUUUCCUUCUUUGAGCCCUUUGAAAAAGUGUAGUUGAUUAAUCUGUUCCACCGGGCUUGAGUUGGAAAGGAGUCUGUGUAUAUAGCUAUUGAAUUGUGUACAUUAUCAUCCCUGUUAAUAUGAUUCACUAGCACGUUCUAGUCA